AUGCAUGUGGGCCCUGAAAAGAAGGUGGCUGAGAUCAAGGAGAUUUUCGCCAACUCCAAGGACCCGACGGUCAGCCAGCCUUUCAUGCUGGACCGGCUGCUGAACCCCGAGGGAGGGGCGUUGACGCCCCAGCGCGGAUUCAAGUACACCAGCUGGUCCCCGCUGGGCUGCGACAGCAACGGCCGCUGCCUCCUGGCUUCCUUGACUCUGGACAACCAGCUGACCAUCCAUGGCAACCUGAACCGCCUCCAGUGGACUUCCUUGGUGAACCUGACAGAGGUGUACGGGGAGAUGCUGGAGGAGAAAUCCUACCAGCUGUCGGGGGCCGAGGCUCCCUGCGGGGAGCUGGAGGACCUGCCCGAGUUCCAGAGGCGGCACCGCAUGCAGUGCCCCGUCCGGAUGGAGUGGUCGAGCGUCUGCACCACCCAGCAGGUCCAGACCAACAACGAGUGCAAGGACGUGGGCACGGUGCUGCUGGCCGUGCUGCUGGAGAACGGAGACGUGGCGGUCUGGCAGUUCCAGCUGCCUUUCCUCGGGAGAGACUCCAUCGUGUCCUGCAACACCAUCCAGUCGGGUGUCUCGGCGCCCAGCGUGCUGGCGUGGUGGGAGUACGAGCACAGCGGGCGCAAGAUGAGCGGGCUCAUCGUGGGCAGCUCGGUGGGGCCCGUCAAGAUCCUGCCGGUCAACCUGAAAGCGGUCAAGGGCUACUUCACCCUGCGGCAGCCCGUGGUGCUGUGGCAGGAGACAGACCAGAUCCCCGUGCACAACAUCAAGUGCAUCUCCCUCUACCACCCUUACCAGAAGUGCAGCUGCAGCCUGGUGGUGGCCGCCCGCGGCUCCUACCUCUUCUGGUGCCUCCUCCUCAUCUCCAAAGCCGGCCUGAACGUCCAUAACUCUCACGUCACGGGCCUGCACUCCACGCCCAUCACCUCAAUGACUGCCAGCCGAUACGGGGGCGCCAUAUACACGUCCUCGGUGGAUGGCAGCGUCAAAAAGCUGACGCCGAUCUUCACGGACUUGGCGGUGAUGUUUGAGCAGGAGCUCAUCCGCUUGCCCGACGGUGUGGCUGGUCGGCGGACGCAUGGCAUCACCACCAGCCCCAACGGGGCGUAUCUGGCCCUGGUGACCACAGAGGGACUGACCAACGGGUUGCAUCCGGUCAGUCGGAGCUACCGGGUCCAGUUCGUCACCCUCAAGACCCCCGACGAGGCUGCUGCUGAGCUCCUGGAGUCCAGCAUCCAGAACCUCUUCAAGCAGGCCGACCUGGUAGACCUGGUGCGCUGGAAGGUGCUGAGGGACAAGCGCAUCCCUUCCAUGCUACAGGAGGAGCUGGACGAGAAGGUGCACACCUCGGGCUCCACCUACCUCUGGAGGUUCAAGCUCUUCCUCUUCAGGGUGCUCUACCAGUCCCUCCAGAAAGCCCCCUCUGAAGCCCGCUGGAAGCCCUCGCACGAAGACUCCAAGGUCUUCAUCAGGGAAGGGGGCUCGGCGGGGUCGACGGGGAGAGGAGGCGAGGAGGAGGAGGAGGUGGAGGGGGAUGAGGAAGAGGACGGGGAGGAGCCCACAGCCUCCACCUCAGAGGGAAUGGGAGGACAGAGUCAGGAGGACAGCGUGUCGGAGGAGCAGAUGAGUGAGAUCAUUGCCUGGAUCGAGGCCGUGGAGUCCCACCUCACGCGGGAGCACAUGAAGAGGGUCCUGGGGGAGGUCUACCUGCACACCUGGAUCACAGAGAACACCAGCAUCCCCACCAGGGGAGUCUGCGACUUCCUCAUGAGCGACCCCACCUAUGAGGACAGGGCCGCCAGGGUGCUGAUUGGUCACAUCUUCAAGAAGAUGAAUAAGCAGACGUUUCCAGAGUACUGCAGCCUCUGUAAGGAAGUCCUGCCUUUCACAGACCGUAGGCAGGCAGUCUGCUCCAACGGACAUAUGUGGCUAAGGCCCAGUGGGAGAUGGCCACUGACCCGCGACUGCGUGCAGCAGAGUGGGGAGAUGUCAAUAACCAGAGUGGAGCUGCUGCAGUGUCUAUGA